CCAACAUUCAUUUUAAUGGAAUAUAUAGGAUCUAUAUUGCACGUAUUUUAUAUAAAAACGCUUCUAGGUUACAUAGAAAAACGAGCUCGCAUUUACUUUGUGCCAUGUCAUGUCAUUUGAUAUCGUCACUGACAUUGCCAAUUUAUAUCAAUCAUUUACUUGUUUACACCACAUAUCGAAAAUAAGUUGUGGUCGAAAAUAGGUUGUUCCGGGAUACUGUAUGCAGGCGACAGAAGCAAACUAUUUUUAAGUUUUCUGUAGUGUGUGUGGGUUAGAACCAGCCGCCCGGUUAGCUCAGUUCGUUAGAGCGCCGUGCUAGUGUUCCGGCGGUCGUGGGUUCGAGCCCUACACCGGGCGCUCUUUUCCUCCCAGGUUUACUUCAUUUCCUAGCCCUUUAUUCUAUAAACAUUGAUUACUUUCAGGACCAUCACAUUAGUAUAAAAUGUCUAAGUUAAAAAGUCCACAUGUGGUUAAAAUAUUUUUCUCCUCCCCUUUUGGGGGUAUGGAGGAAGAAAGAGAAGAACUAACACGGCGCUACUGGCCCUCGAUUGCUCACCUUUGCAACUCCCAUGGACUACAGUUUGCGGCUGUUGACAUGCGCUGGGGCAUCACAGCAGAGUCCUCGGACAAGGCACAGGUCAUCAAUAUCUGCCUCCGUGAGAUUGACAGAUCUGAUAUGUUUGUAGGAUUCUUUGGACAGCGGUAUGGCUGGCAUGGGGCGGAUGAUGCUGGCCUGCAAAAGAACUUUGACAAUGCACUACCUCGCUACCCUUGGCUGGCUGAUGUGAGAGACAGAAGUGUCACGGAGCUGGAAUUUCUUCAUGGCUUCCUUAACAACCCUGGAUAUAUACCAGCUACACUGUUCUUCAGGGAUAAGAUGUACGAUGACAUGAUGCGAGAGGAAGGGGUACAAAAGGGAGACAAGAAGCAGGUGUUCAAGUACUCAGCAGAGAGCGAGCACUCCUCACACAUGAUGGAGGACCUCAAACAAAGAGUCUCUGAAAACAGAGAGAAGACUUUAGGAGUUCAUAUCGACUAUAAGACGCCAGCAGAGGCAGCAAAGAUCAUGUAUGAGACAAUCAUGUCCUACCUAAAGACAGUGUUGUUCGCUGAUCUGUCAUCACAUCAGAAAUCUCCCCGGGAGGAGGUGCUUAGUCAACAUGAUGCCUUUCUAGCAAGCAGGUGUAACAUUUAUGUUCACGGGGAACAGUAUCAGGACAUUCUCAACAAACAGGUGUCUGCAGAGCAGCCACAGCAUGUUUACAUAACAGGAGAGACAGGCAGUGGAAAGUCAGCCCUGCUGUGUAACUGGGUCGCCUCUCUCAGAGAAAACACGGUCAUUGCAGUUGCCUAUCACUUUUGUGGCUUUGCUGACAAUAGCACAGAUGUGAGCAGCCUUUUGUCCAGAAUUGUAACAGAGUUUGAAUAUAUACACACUGGUAAAGAUAACAGUCUGGGAAAAUCUGACAAAAAUGUGGAGACCACCAAAUCAACAGAUGGCAGUGAUGAUAUUGGGGACAUACGCGCCCUUGUACAAAAGCUACAAAGUGUCAUGGGACAACUUAUUUCUAGGGGCAAGAAGCCUGUGCUUGUUGUGGAUGGAAUUGACAAAGUGACAUACAUCAGCAAAAUUACCAAGGUUCUGUACUGGUUACCCCAUAACUUGCCCACAGGAAGCCUGGUGGUGGUGUCCACACUGACGUCUGACGUGGCCAACAUCACGGAGCUGGCAGCCAGGAACUACCUCAACAUUGCCAUCCAACCUCUUGACACUGACAGCAAGAGGGACAUGGCUGUGCAAAGCCUUGGAGCUAGUGGUAAAGAGCUGUCCCCACCCCAGCUGGAAAGAAUUGUGGCUGCAGAGAUGACCAAGAUACCUCUCUUUCUCAACAUCACCAUGGCGGAACUGAUUGCUUUUGGCUACUUCCGGCUGCUGGACAAGAAGAUAGAUACAUUGAUAAACUCUAGCAGUAUAGAGGAACUGUUUUCCCACAUGCUGGGGAGGCUUGAGGAAGACUACAAUGUUGAAGAAUAUCAGGGGAACCUUGUCGAACAGGUGUUGUGUUGUAUUGAGCUGUGCAGCCAGGGAAUGUCGGAGACCAUUCUACUGGAGAUGUUUUCCAUACCUGGCCACAUCUGGACACCGCUGUACUACGCCCUUGAAAACAUGGUCAUACACCAGGGAAACAUGAUCAAGUUUGGUUUUAAGCAGCUGGGCGAUGCAGUUGAAGCCAAGUACCUCUCAGACCCAGAUAAAAGAAAUUUCUAUCUCCAGAAGUUGGUAGACUACUUCAAAGCAUUUCUUCUUAAAUUUGACAAGAGUAUGCUGACAGAGGAUUCCCAGAUGGGUCUUCUACAGCCCGCCAUGAAGUUGCCCGGGUUACUGGUCAAACUUGGUGACAGGGAGGCACUGGCACAUUGUCUGUCCAACUUCUUCGUGUUCACAUAUCUGUGUGGGACCAACCCAUACCAGCAGAUAUACCUGUGGCGGAAGACUGGAUUGACAGGUAGAGAGAUAGCCAACCUUCUGUUGGCUAGUUUUGACCAGAGACUGACCCAGGUCUACUUCAACUUGCUUGACACUGAUCAGUUGAAGGGCUCAAACAGACCAGGGACUAUGUUGGUGCCAUUUCUUAUGCGUGUGAAUAAGUUUCUAAAAAUGGCCGGUUUGCCUGAGGGUAUUAAGGAGGUGUUGGAGAGGGCCAUAAACAUUGUGACUGAAAGUUUAGAGCAAAAUCAUGGUGAUAAUGUUGGCAAUUUAAGGAGCACCCUACACAAGCUGCAGUAUGAUCUUGCCUGUCAUUUAUGCGAGUCCUACCACACAGCACAACAGGGAAUUGACCUCCAUCUCAAACUUCUGGCUGGAUACGAGUGUCAGGUCCAACAACAGGGUAAGACUGACCACUUGAUGAAGGAGAUGGGGCAUUGCUGCCAUGGUAUCGGGGUUGGAUACACGAAUCUCAAGCAAUAUGACAAGGUGAUUGAGUAUACAGAGAAAUCCAUAGAGCACCAUAAAGCAUGCAGACAUCCAGACAUUGAGAACAUAGCCACAUCCUGGACCAACAUUGGCAUGUGCCACAUGCACGAGGAGAGAUAUGAAGCGGCAAUAGAGUACCUUGACAAUUCUAUAAAGACCCUGGAGGAGUACUAUUUCCAUGAGGUUCCCCCACUUAUUGGAGAGAUUCUAACUAACAAGGCCUUGUGUCUACGCAGACUCAACAGGCUUGAUGAAGCAGAACAACUAUACUUUAAGUCCCUGGAUGUGAAGAUAAAGGCAGUUGGUAGGAAGCACCACAUUGUCGCCAUGGCUUAUAUGAACCUUGGGACCCUGGAGUCGCACAGAGAGAACAGCAUAAAGGCCCUUGAGUAUAACAAACAGGCACUGGAAAUAUACGAGAGCUUGGGUCAGACCUGGGACAACAGUGCAUACGUGAUGGUCAGGGAAAACAAUCUGUUAACAUUGAUCAAUGAAUGUGAAUAUGAGAAAGCGGAUGAAGACUAUCAGCAACUGUUUGCUUGGAGAGUCCAGGAUGGGAGUAUUGAUCGUAGUCUUCUAUGUAUCCACCAUGAAAUGGCCAAGUUCUACCUGCGGGAGGGGCGGCAUGAGGAAGCAUACAAAGUAUGUGAAGCCUUGCUGCGGUCCUCAGCUCGCGGGGCGAGUCAAGGGGUGGCCUAUCUACUCAUGGAGAUCGUCUGCCAGAACCUUCCACCUGAAUUCAGGGAUAGAUUGCCAGCAGAACAUAGGCUGGCUUAUGCUGUGGAUCUAUUUCCAGGCAAUGUAGGAAUAGUUCAAAACUAUGUGAUUCACACACUGAUACCCAGAAAUGAUGUUGACGAGGUGGCACGUAUGGUCAACACACUACAUGAGGGGGACACUGAGCUUGGACCACAGGUGUAUGUACUGACAAGUGCCUGGUGUGUGAACAACAACACAGGGGAGGUAAAUGAGGACUGUCAGCAGCGUAUUCUACAGGAGGGGCUUAUCAGAUACCCAGAUAACAUUGAAAUGAAUUUGAAUAUGGCAAAGAGUUACCGUCGCCUGAACCAACCAGACCUAGCAUACCCGCACGCUGAAAAGACUAUGGAGGACGGCUCCCAGCUUAGCAACGGGAACCUGCUGAUGUUUGUCGCCCAGACGGCGGCCCUUGCAGGGCACUUAGAUGCUGCCAGCGGGUAUUGUCAGAAGAUUGUUGACAUUGCUGAAAAGGACGAAGGCCUUGCUGCUUCGGCUGCUGAAUUGCAAGAAUUUAUAAAGGAAGGACAAAAAAAAACACAAGAAAAGGACAACACAUAGAUAUGAUCGAUCACAAACCAUAGAUAUGUUCGAGCACAAACCAUAGAUAUGAUCGAGCACAAACCAUAGAUAUGAUCGAUGGCAAACCAUAGAUAUGAUCAAGCACAAACCAUAGAUGUGAUCAAGGACAAACCAUCAAUAUCAUCGAGGACAACCAAUAGAUAUUAUUGAGGACAAACUCAUACCCGACUUACGUUUACAAAAACAAGCGUUAAAUUUAAAAUGUGCUAUAAACCUGUCAAUGCUCGUGACCAUUAGAUAAUGUAAUCUACAUGUAUAUUUAGCCUAAUCCAGUAGUUGUGCAAUAGUUUACAAUUUUGAGUAUUUCUUUUAUGUACUUAAUUUGCAAUUUUCACUAAAAUAUUUAUUUAGUUUUAUUAGGUUUUUAAUGCUUUUUUGUGAAAUAUGUUAUUUGUCACUGCUGUGAAAAUAUAAAAUUUUAAUAUUUCGCUGCUCUUAUUAAUGAUAGGUAUCAUACUAGUUAAUAAAAUUUCCCACAUAAUUUUCAAAUUAACUCGAAUUUAGUUGAAAUACUUCAUAAAUUUAAGCAUAAACAAACCAGAAAAUUCAUUGAUUUGAUUUAAAGGAAAGAUUAACUUUGAAGAGAUAUUUUAAAUGUUUGACCAGAUUUUUCCCUAUAGUUGGUUUCUGUAUUUCAUGUUGAGAAAAAGUUUGAAAACUAAUGAAGUAAUAUCAAGGCACACUUUCUUUGUAGUAAUAAAAUGUAAUAUUUUAAAUGCAUGUUUCUUAUUGAUUUUAUAUGUAUAAUAUCUUAUAGCAAUAUUCAGCAUUUGUCUAUUUUUCACUUAUAUAUAUAUAUUGACUUUUUUGUCAUAUAUCUUUAGGAACUUGAUUCUCUUGCAUUUAUUUUUACCUAUUUUAGUAUAAACAUCUUUGAUAAAGACUGUGAUAUGAUUUUUUUCAGAUAUAAAUAAUAAUAAACAUGCAGCUACUGUUUCACUAUAUGAACACAUAUAGAACAUUUAUACACUUAUUGCUCAGUUUCAUGGGGUUAAAAGGAACCUUUUUGUGCAAACUCAGGGUAGCUGGUCCUCUAUUCAUGUGGAUUCAUAAUUGUACCAGAGGGAUCUAGGGGCAUGCACCUCUCCCCUUAAAUUUUUGAUUUUUUAUGGUGCAUUCUUGGCGUUCUGAGGUGCUUUAUUAAGUUCUGAAAAAUGGACAGUUUUAGGAUAAUAAAUCAACAAGUAAUACCUUUUCCUGGCAGAUUGUUUGUCUAAAAUAGCAAACAAUUAAGCACCGAUUAUGUUAAUAAAUUUCUGUCGUUUUUGCCCUUGAACUGUAUCAUUACAUUUGUCAAUGUCAAUGUCCAUGUCUGCAACAGCAUGUACUGUUAACAACGAAUACUGUAACCUUGGCAGAAUUAUUUUAUUUUUUGUCAGAAUCAUGUGGAUUCUGCUGUGUACUCCCAAAUAAGCAGCUAUGCGCCUGAAACUUUUUAUAUUCUUAAAUACAAGCUGUACUGUAAUUAAUUUAUUUGUUUCUGACUGUGAUAGCUCACUCAUUCCAAUUUAGGUAUGUUUAUUAAGUGUUUGAAUUUUUAUUUUACAUUUUUUAUACUCACAUUAUUAAGACAAAGCAUGUAUGUGCAAUUAUAUAUAUAUCUUAUGGAUUGUAGUUUUUGGCCUUUGCCAUUAUUAAACAUAGUAUAGAUAAUUGGAACGAU